AUGUCUGCUGAAGAGAAAGGCACAAGCCAUGCCAAGUUGGGGCCUGCACCAACACGCCUCCGGCAGAUUGCACUAGCUGCAAAGGAUCUCGACAACGCCAGGCAGCUGCUUACAUAUGUCCUGGGCAUAGGCUUCGCAUUCGAGGACGAUUCGGUGGAGCAAUGGGGAUUGAAGAAUUUCAUGGGCACGCUCGUGAUUGACGCGACUGCAGUUCCGCUAGGCGGCGACUUUAUCAAGGUUGUCUCGCCGACCAAGGAGCGUACGACGGUUGGCAGGCUGCUCGACAAGCGCGGGGAUGGCGGGUUCAUGAUUAUCAUGCAGACCGAGGAUGCAAAGAAGCGGCGCGAGCACAUCACUGCGAACAAGUUGGCUAGCGUCAUUGUCGAGCAUGAGUACAGGGAUGCGGUGUGCAUCCAGUACCACCCAAAGGGAAUCAAAGGCGGCUUGAUGCCUGAGGUCGACUCGCACACAACAGGGCCAGCGAAUCCAAACCCCCUAGGAACCCGCUUCUCCCCAUGGCAUGCCUGUGGACCGGCCAGUGAGAGUUACAUGCGCGGCAUGGAACAGACGGGCCACUUGGCGCUAGAGGGCUGUGUACUGCGGCUCGAGCCUGGUGACGUCGACCCUGAGGGCGCGGCGCGACAGUGGGAAGAGAUAUUCGGCGUGUCACGAAGUGGCGAAACGCUGGCUUUUACCAACACCCGCCUGGCCUUCAUUUCGGGCCAGGACGGGCUUCCCGAAGGCCUUGUAUCCAUCGCUGUGGGCGUCGAGGGCAUGGAUAAUUACGACGCGAUACUCGAAAGAGCUCGGACAGCAGGCGUCUGGAGCGAGGGCUGCGCUGAGAUGUGCGGAAUCAAGUGGCACUUCACCCUAACAGGCCAUAACGACGACCGGGGUAAGCUGUAA